AUGGACCAAAACAACAUCAUGGCUAACGCUAACUCACCAAAUGGAGAAGAGGACGAGAUCCAGAGGAUCGUGCAAGGAAGGCUGGCACUCUAUGGGCCAAAUCCACCAGUAGAAGUGGUAACCCAGCUUCUCAACGCAGCGAUGGAGGAGGCGAGGGACAAAAGAGCCUACCAUAUACAG